AUGCUCGCAGGCGAAGCCGGGGGCCGGCAGGCAGGAAGGAGACGCGCAGCCCGGCUGGACUCGGCGAUCGCAGCCCCAGCAGCCGGGAGCGAGUCCAGGCUUCUCCCCGCCGCCGCCGCAUCGCUCCCGCCGCCGGCCCGGGCUCGGCAGCUGCCCGCGCCCCCUCCGGGGCUGCCUGGUCGCAUCGGGAACAAAGGAAACUCGCCCCCCCCCCCUCCCGGCAUGAAGAUGCCUUGGCUGGCGCCGGGGCCCCGGGCGCUCGGGCAGCUCCUGCCGCUGCUUCUGCUCGGCCACGCCGCGCUGGCACAGCGCUGGCGUAACGAAAACUACGAGAGACCCGUGGACCUGGAAGGGUCAGGGGAUGACGACCCUUUUGCGGAUGAUGAAAGUGAUGACCUCUAUUCGGGGUCUGGCUCGGGAUAUUUUGAGCAGGAGUCUGGGAUCGAGACGGCGGUGAGGCUCCGCACGGACACGCUCCCCACCACCCCGGCCGGGCUGCCUGUCACAUCUGUGCAGCCUGUGGCAACUCCCUUUGAAAUGCUGCCUGUAGAAGAAACCACCCCUGAGCAGGCGACCAGCAUCCUGUACAUCCCCAGGGUGACAGAGGCACCGGUGAUUCCCAGCUGGAAAGCAACUACCACCAGUGCCACGGCCAGUGACACCCCACCACCCACAACGGCUGCUGCUGCUGCCAGCCCCACCACUCCCACUGCUAAGCCAACAACCAUCCGGAGGAUCCUGCCCCCCUUCGUCACGACGACGGCCACAACGCGGGCCAACACCCUGGAAAUGCCAGCCGCAGCUGUGACGGAAGCCAGCACGGUCACAGAGGCUGCCACGUCCCGGCUCGUCACCCCCAGCACUGCCAGGCCCAGAGCUGGCCCAAAGUCGAGCACCUCCAGGACCAUGGUCGUCACAGAGAAAAGCACUGUCUUGCCGCCGCUGGCUGCUACCUUGGCCCCCACGGACGCACCCCAGACCAAGCUGCUGGACGUGACCGUGUCCACGACCCUCGACAACGAGCUGGAGGUUCCUGUCAGCGGAGGGCCCAGCGGGGACUUCGAAAUCCGCGAGGAGGAAGACACGACUCGGCCAGAGCUCAAUAACGAAGUGAUCGCCGCGGUUACCCUGGCAGCAGAGCCGGGGCUGGGGAAGAAUGCAGAGCCCGGCCUCAUAGACAAUACGAUAGACUCUGGGAACUCGGCUGCCCAGCUCCCCCAGAAAAACAUCCUGGAGAGGAAAGAAGUGCUAAUAGCUGUCAUCGUGGGCGGCGUGGUCGGGGCGCUCUUUGCUGCCUUUCUGGUCAUGCUGCUCAUCUACCGGAUGAAGAAGAAGGACGAAGGGAGCUACACGCUGGAGGAGCCAAAGCAGGCGAACGUCACAUACCAAAAGCCCGACAAGCAGGAGGAGUUCUAUGCAUAAACAGAGCCCAGAGUGCCUCUCUCUCCAUUUCACUCGAUUUCUGGUUCAAUUUCCCUCUGCCCCCACCCUCCCCCAGCCAAUCUCUGUCUCUUGCUCUCUUUCUGAUGGGACUGUGAGUUGAACAAACAAACAAACACUAUAAUAAAAAGAAAAAAAACAGCUUCAGUUAAAAUAUAUACAAAUAAAGCGUCACCGAUUUAAAACGAAUCCCGUAACCUUUCUCCAGCGGACGCAGCGUUUGCAGGGGACAGCAAGCGUGAGGAGCGAACGGGCAGCCAACUUUCAGUGCCUAUGCGAACACUCCUCGGACGACAGCAUGCUUGGGUGGUCAUUUUCCUGAUGAUGGUUGGAGUUUCCUGGGUUUACCAAACAACAAGACUGACUCUGAGGUCUGAACACCUGUUACCAGAAUUGGGGUAGGGGUGGGAGUUUGGGGAGAGGGAGGGGUUUCUUUCUUUCUGUGGGGUUGGGGGUUUGGUUUCUUACUGGGACUCGCUGCUCCAUGGCUGUAUUCGGAAAGAGGAUGCGACUUUCAAAUACAAUUUCAAGCCUUGAAAAAGCACAAUGAGAUGAAACAGCUAAUGCUGUGGUUUGCUCUCGGAAUGAAAAAUGGCCAGUGGGCUGGAGCUGAGCUUUUAGAGCACCUCCUCAGAGAGUUCACAUAGCUGCAGGGAGCCCCGGUUGGCAGUUGUGUGGGGCUCCCUUCCUCACACUGCUUCACUUCAUUGCAUUGCUGUGCACAGAGACCUUAAGUGUAUAGAAACCAUGUUUUGGGGGCUGGCGAGGGCUUGGUUGAAAGGGACCUUGCUGUUGCUGGGUUUUCACUGUGACGAACAAAACUCAGCUAGUGCAAUAUUCCCUGCUCUUUGCAAACAACCAGCGCUGGUGGUUUGAAGGGAACCAGGAUAAUGGGGGCAGGGGGGAUUGACAAGAACAACAACAAGAGGCUAAGAGGUCUUUUGUGUUCCUUUGAAUGUGAUAAUAUUUCACAGACCUCAUCCAGCCGCGCUUUGCAGCCAUUCUCCUCAGAUGUUGUUUGGUGAUAGCUCCUGUCAAAUUGCAGAUACCCCAGGACAUUAAGAAAAUAAAGGAUACAACGGUAGGUUUUCAAGGGUCACUGUCAGGACACAUUAGCUCCAUGAUGUAUCAUUAAUUAAAUCCAAGACUGAUAUGUUUCCAUUAUUUUUUUUAGUUUUUAUUUUUAAAACUCCUGUUCAAACUUUACAGCUAGGACCUGAUUGACUUCCAAUGGGCUUUGGAUCAGCUUCACAUGGGAGCCCAAAAGGGAAACCAACUAGAAGCAACGGUUAAACUGACUAAUGUGUUUUGAAUCCUCUGAGGUGCGUUUAAGAUGGAAAGGAUAUAAGUGGCACGAGGGCCCAAUCCAGAGCCCAUGGAUUGGGCCCAUAGGGUUGAAUAUUCAGUGAGAAAUUUGAAUUGGCCGGCUUUAAUAAUCUAAAGGGCUAUUCACGAUACAGUUAAGGAAACUGGGUUUUUAAAAAGAUGAUUUGGAUCUGGACCAUGUUCCUUUGAGGCCCUCACUUUGCUAUUGUAUUAAUUUUAAAAAAGCAGUCAACAUCUUUAUGUCACCUACUAGUCUGACUCUUUGAACCCUUCCCAAGGCUGACUUGCGAGUGGAGGUUUAUCAGUAUACUAGUGGCUAAUGUGGACUUUUAGUUCAGGCAGUAUAGACACAGGCAUUUGCAUUCUGAUGUGCUUUGGUCAAUCCCCACAAAUAACCAACCCGAAGCUGUUGUGACCCAUGGAACUCUCUCGUGGAUCAGUGCGGGCACACGUCAUUGGGAACAAGAUAUGCCUUGUGAGGGACCUUGGGGACUUGUCUUAGUGGGCCAUGCCGGGGACGAUCUGCUCAUGGAGCCAGAAAAAGUUUUGGCAUAGCCCAGAGAACAAAGCAGCUCUAGCAUGUGGAUGGGAGAGGAGAAUUGUGGCCAAAGCAAACAUCUGGUGAUACCAGCUGGUAUCUGAUGAAAGGCACAAGAAUGACAACCCAGGCUUGGUUCUGAUGUCACAAUGUCAGCAGAGUUAUUCCUGAUUGAUUCCGGUGUAACUGACAGCAGAAUGAAGCUGUCAGUCAUAAGAAAAGGCCCCUCCAGGGCUGCCAGGAGGUGAGAGCCAAAUGUUUCAAGGUUUGGUGCAAAUCUGGAUGGAGGGUUUUUUUUUCCCACCAGCUUUAGGCUGAGAUUUUUUUUCAAAAAGGACUUUGAUUUUGAGUGUCUUUAUUUUUAGGACUGUAUUGAGACCUUAAAGGGGGCUAAUUCUCCGGGGUGAAUUCUGAAAAUCAAGCCCCUUAUAGAUGUCUCAAUUUAGGCACCCUAAAGACUGAGGCAACCAAAAAUCAUUAGUCCCCUUUGAAAGACAAGGUCCUAAUCUUUUGAGACUAUAUUAAAAUCUCCAAGCUUAAUCUUUUAAAUUUUGCUUUUCUUAGCUUCCUCAUUAAUCUGCGCCAUUCUAUUUUUUCCCUUAAUAGUCUGAAGUACUGUAAUACAACUUUUUCUUUUAAUCCACGUUAGACUUCUCAGCUGGUAUUAAAUUGUAAUCCCGAUACUUAAAUCUUUUACAGGUUCGGAAGGGAGUAAUGAUCUCAAAAUGCGAGUGUUAGAGCAGGCUGAAAAAUCCUUCUUUGCUUUCUCUUAAAAGAAUUUAAAGUACAAAAAGACAAAAAUAUCGUUAAUUAAAACACUGAUCAGAGUUGACCAAUGUCUUAAUUUAUUGUCCAAUAGCUGCUGCCACCAACCUCUUUCUGUGUCUCUCUUGGACUAGAAAGCCGAUGUGAUCUCAAGGACAUUUUUAUCUUUGUUUGUAGCAUACCUUUUCUUUUUUUAAAAAUUUAAAUCGGUCACCAAUAGGCCCUUCCAACUGUCUCAGCUAUCCAGAAGUGAAAGGGUAGAUGUAAGACUAAAGCAGGAAUAAUCACUCCAGAUGUGUUUGAUGUCUUCUCUUCUGUGCAUAGGCUGGGGAACUGGAAGUAGCUAUACCAUGAAUGUGGCUUCCUGUAUCUUAAUUUGUUGGAGGAAAUCAUCCAAGAUCUAUCAAUAAUCAAAUGCUGCAAGGAUUUGAUCCACAGCCCAUCAGAAUCAUAGGAAAGACUCCUCUUGACUUCAGUGGGGUUAGGAUUGUGGGACCCAACUGGAAGUCAAAGGGAGUUGGAGGAUUAACUCCGUUGGGUACUUCUGAAAAUCCUGCUAUCAAUACAUGAAGAAUAUGAGUUUCUCCAGGGGGUUUGGUGGGACUCCUGGUGUGAGCCUUAAUCAAAGGGAGGGGAGGGUGGAAAGCAGGUGGUUUCCCCCAGCUGUUGAUCUGGUAAUGAAACAGGAGGAAAUGCAUUAUGAAAAUCAACUUGCGGUAGGUACCAUGUAAGGCAGCAUCUUACCAAACCCUGGGCUUGUGUGGCUAGGGGACAUGGAGCAAAUCUUUGGUUACCUUCUCUGCUUCCCUUUCCUAUCUGCUUCAAAUGCUGGUUGGUUUAUAGGGCCUAAUUCGGUGAGGUGCUGGGUGCCCUCAGCUCCAAUGGGCUCGUAGUCAAGAAAGGAAACCCCAGAAUGGGAUUUCAGUAAUUCCACAUCUGAAGUUCUGGCUCUGCACGUGCUGCCUCUUAUCCUAUGACCUGCAGUACAGAGCAGGUCUUGAUGAUUGCCUGGAAAGCUUCAGCAAGCCUAGGACACAGCUGCCCUUCAGCCCCAGGGGUUCUGAAUUCACAACAGCGCUUCUGACUUUGCAGUCACUCCCACUUCGAACCCGGGUGGUUACAAUCUGUCUCCCUGUUUUAACUGAACUUCUGACCUGUGGAAUUUUCUUCUUCCAGGUGUCAAUCAAAAGCUGGAUGCUGCUGCUGCAUGGUGGAAGGUGCAGGUAUUUGUCCUGGCUUGUGGCUUAACACCAGCUAGCCAAUGGAAAGUCAGUUGGAUGUAACUUGUUUCCCAGCAGCCGCAGCAUUGGCUUUUAGGGAUCCCUCUUUGGGUAGCCCAUAUGCUAAGGUGAUGGACAGUCUUUAACCGCUGAAAUCAGAGCUUAGCUGACAAGGCUCCGGCCACAGAGGACUCCCUAGCCCGAGCUGUAUUGGCUCAACAAGGAGGUAUUUGUUCAGCUGAGGUCUCGUUCUCAAAGCCUGUAUCAAUAGCUCCUGUCGCCUUCACCCAGAGCUGUGGGCAUUCAGCACUUCAGAAGAACAUGUGGCCCUACUGCAAGACACAGAAGGAGGUGAUGUAUUAAGUCGGAAAGUAACUUUUCCCCAUAGUCACAUUCGAACCCUAAGGCCACUCCUCCAAGUCUGCCCUUUUCUGCUGCCUGGCUUUGUGAGAGGCUUUCUGGGUGGUGAGCAGAGCAGAACCUGAGGUGAUGCUGUGAUUGCAGGCAGAAGCUCUGAUGUAGAGAAGGGCUCAAAUCAAAACGCUGGAUACCCCCCUGAGCUUUGCAGGGGUUCUGAUUCUGGAUCCGCUUUGAUGACUGACCUCUUGGACUUCCCCGAACCCAGGGUCCGCGCGCACAGGAAUUUAGGAGCAUUCAGAAUCCGAAUCUGCAGCUGCAGUGGUGGAACCAGGGCUCAGGUGUGCUGAAAUGUCGGAGCCCUCUCUACACAAGGGUUAGCACAGAGACAGCUGGAACAUUGCUGAAACCAGGUCCAAUGUGUCCUAGCCUCGCUGGCCUCAGUGGUCCCAAGUCUGAUUUCAGUGGCACUGGUGCUCUGCAGUGAAGCCACUUCAGAUUUAUACCAGUGUAAACACAAGCAGAAUCGGGACUAGAGUCAAUAAUGGGCCCUGCCACAGGCUGCAGAGUUUCCUUGCACACUGACCGUUCCAUACGCUGGUCUUCUGUUAGAAUGACAAAGGUCUCAUCUAUAGUAACCUGCCUUGCUCAGUUCGAGCCUUUAGCUUUUGGUAUAAUUCAUAGGUAGCUAAUCUCUAGCCCAGAAUCUCAUCUCCCUCCAGCACAGAGGCUUUGUUCCAUUUAAAGUGGUUAGUUAACAAUGAAAAGGGAUUUCUUUUUUCUGCUUCUAUUAUUAUAAAUGUUCCUAGUCUGCAGCACAAUCUGAGCUUCCAGGCUUUGAAAAGCUUUUGGCACUGAAACAUUUAUUAGAAUAACUGAGUCUUGUCAGGCACAUAGCCAGCUGCUCUGCAGUCCUGAGCAAAUACAAACCCAGCCCAGUGUUUGGAGGCAAAAGCUAGCUGGAUGGAGGUCUGAACUCUUAGAAGAAAGUGUGUGUGUGUGUAUGUAUGUAAUUUAUACGUGUUUAUACAUAUAUACUCGUGUAUACACACAGAGAGAGCUUUAGUUCAAGCCAGCUACGUAAACUAAGAGGGGGGAAACUAUUGGCUGGCUUUGUAGAUUUAAGAGUGCUAAAUUCUGCAGAGCCUUUGGAGCAGCUCCUCAGCCAUGGGAGUCAGUUGACAUCAGCAGAGGAUCUAGCCCCUUUUUCCUUCUUGACCCUUUCUCAGCAAGGGCGUGAGCCAAAGCCUGGUGAAGCUGCUGGAAAGCCUCCCCUUGACUUCGGUGGGGUUUGUACAAAGGGCCUAGAGGCAACUCAACACAUCGUGCCGUUCAGAACCGUUUUCAAGGGGAUUGCAUCUGCCGACUUUCCCUUUCCUCCACGCUCUUUGUCCAGCGCAGACACAGAGGAAGAUCAGUCAGGUAAACGUACACAGAACUUUCAAAGGCCUCUCAGUUAUUCCCUUCUGACCCCAAGUGUCUUAUGCCUCCAGAUCAGUGGACAUCCUAAAUAGCUACAGAAAAACUCAGUCUGGAAAAUUUAAGAUCCUGCCACCAGAUCUUGCUCAAUGCAUUUCCAAAGACCCUCAAGGGUACCAGUGACUUUCUGAGCAAUGACUUUCUGUUUUGGCUCCCAGAGGUCUAAGUCAUAAACGUACAGUUGACAAUCAAACCAGACAAAACAAAUAAUAAUAACACAUAUAUAUAUAUAUAUCUCCACAUUGUUUGGUAAAUCUGCUUUUAAAAAUCACUUAUGAAGCAAUGUACUUAUCUAACACUAACGUUCAACACCAUGUCUCUGGGAUAAAAUGCCACCCACUGGUUAUUCUGUAAAUAAACACAAAGCCAACUUGUAUACAUUUGAAAACAAAACCAGUGAUAUACAUCCGCAACUAAAAAACCCAAUCUCCUCACCUCUUUCCAGAAGAUUUAAAUAAUAAAUCUUCACUUUCCUUUUUGGGGCUGAUUAAAAAGCCCAACUAGGAGAAUGAAAAGUCUUUGGCAGCAGUUGAAAUUAGAGUGUUUUACUAUUCAACAACUAGGGGAGGAAAAAAAAUGCAUGUAAAUAUUUUUAAUAGGAACCAUAUCUUAAACCGAACGCUUUUUUUGUAUGUACAUAACUCUCCUAGAGUUUAGUACUUAAAUUGCUUCAUAGUGUCUGUUAAAAAUGAAAAUAAAUAAAUAAAAAUGUUUGUUAAUUGUUUUUGUUCUGACUCAAUGGCCAAAACUUUAAAAAUAAAAUAAUAAUAAUAAUAAUAAUUAAUAAUAAAGACUAUAAAAUAAUCUUUGCCAAUGGAUCUAGCACUGUAAUGGUACUGUCUAUUUUUUUUAAUGAUUUCUGUGCUGUGCCCAUUUACAAAAGGAAGAAAUAAAGUCAUUUAAACAUG